ACAGUAGUCAGAUGUACAGCCUUAGAUGGUGGUAAAUACGCCGUAAAUACAAUAGUAUUUGGUAUUUGGCUUAUUGUUUUAGUUUUUUAUGCUUCUGUGGUUUAAGACGUCUUACUUGUUUGUGUAAAUUUGUUUAUUCAUAAAACAUUUUACAAAUUCUUAAUAUACUGCAAUCAUACUUAAAAACAAAUAUAUUACUCUACGUCCAUUUUGAACUCCUGGAAUCUUUUUUAUUUUAAACAAUGCCUAUGGACUGUAUGGAUAACGUGAACUUGGGAAAUUGUUUGUGGUUUGAAGGAGGAAGUGAAAAAAGAAAUGUUGUAGCUGGGAUGAUAUCAGGACUUCUGUUUGCAGUCGGAUGGUGGCUUAUAAUUGAUGGAAUGGCUGUAAACCCUAGUCAAGUACCUGGUACCUAUCAUAUAUGUGGAUUGGUUGGAACAUUUUCAUUGUUUAUGAUUAAUGUUGUAUCUAAUUCUCAAAUUCGAGGAGAAGCUUACUCUGGAGGAUGGUUUGGACCUAGAGGAGCUCGUAGUUGGUUAUUUAUGGGUUUUGUAUUGGGUUUUGCUGCUUUAAUUGCUGCUUGUUGGAUAUUUUUUGCUGAUUUUGUAGCAGCUAAAGGUUCAACUAAACCAAAUAUGACAGUUGGACUUGAACUGUUUUUCCAGAAUGCAUUUAUAUUUGCUGCAUCUCUGAUUUACAAAUUUGGUCGUGUGGAAGAUCAAUGGUAAAGAAAAAAAUAAUAUUUAAAUGAUUAAUAUUGUAUUACAUUAAAAAAAAUUAUAUAAUAUUCAAUGUCUACAAAAUCUAAAUUGUGUGUGUAAUAAAUAAUAAGCAGUUAAGACUAUAUUAUUGUAAAUAUUUUUUUUUAAAUAAAAAUUUUAACUAUUGUAUAUUAAAAAAAAAUACAAACUAGUUGAUUAAUUUAUUUAAAUUUUAAUCUCAAAUAUAAAAAAUUUGAAUUAUCCGCUUA